AUGACUUCGACGCAAAAGGCGCGCAUUGCUCAGCUCAAAAUCACUGCUGCUGCCUCGCCUGCCAUCGCGCUCGCUGCUCCUCAGCCGCCCGUGCGCGUCCAGAUCUUGACUGGCAAAAGCGACUACUACGAACUAUGGAGCAACCAGACCCUCUGCGUGAUCGACGCGAACCAGGCGUAUUUCGACAGCAACGAAGGCCGAAAGAUCGACUUUCUCAUGACGUGCGGCCAUCGCGCGCGCCGCAGCCAGGCGCCAGGCACGAAGAUGAAGACACUGGAUGACACGUAUCUGCCGCGCGGCGUACACGCCCAGCCGUACAAUGACGUGAAGCUGCUGCACAUGCGCGACUACGAGAGGUAUGCCAGCUUUCUACCCAAGUUUCUCGCGCCUGCCAGUUGCCAGGAUCGUUGUGAGGAUGACAGGAUUGAGCUGUGCGACCGCCUGAACAGACGUUUCCCCAGCGCUCUCAUCGGUUGGCCAAAAGAUAGCUCAGAGGACGUGGUUGCACGUUAUCAGGCGCUGGAUCAUGGCGUUGCAAGGUACGAUGCGUGCUUGAUCGCGUAUGCCUUCGGCGCUGCUGGAGUCGUCCUCACUGCCGCCGGAAUCCUCGUUAGUGUCCUCAUGCUUGGUCUCUUCGCGGACCUCGCUGGCGUCAUCCUCGCCGCUUUCCUCAUGACUGGAAUGGUCUCACUUUCCACUGAGGAGUUAUCCGCGCGUCUGUAG